AUUAUCACCAGGAGGUGUAUAAGAUCUCAGAAUUCAGCAACGAUGUGAAUGGAGACGCCAAGGAGGUACAACCCGUUGUGUUAGGAGAUGAAAGCAUGGAAAUUAAAAAGCAAAUUACAGGGAUGAGAAGAUUACUGAAUGACAGCACUGGGAGGAUCUACCAGCGCGUUGGCAAAGAAGGGGAAAAAUUAAAAGAAGAACCCCAGGACCUGGAUCUGGUCUGGCCUCAGCGUUCAAACUCCUCUGCAGAGGCCCCUCAGAGCCUCCCCGCUUCCUCACGAGUGUGGAAUGAGCCGCCACCCCAAAGCGGGCAGUUCUCAGGGCAGUAUGGUACCCGUUCUAGAACCUUCCAGAGUCAGCCCCACGCUGCUGCAAGCUCCAACGGAGAACUUCCGGUGGCGAAUUCGUCAGUUGGAUCAAACUGCUGUACUUGUAACUGCCAGUCAACAUUGCAGGCCAUUCUCCAAGAGCUCAAGACCAUGCGGAAACUAAUGCAGCUCCAAGCAGUUGGAACUCAAAACAGACAACAACCCCCAAUUUCCCUUAUGUGCUCCCAGCGAACUGCUGUCUCUCGCAAGAGAAACAAAAAGAAAAAAGUGCCCCCAAAGCCGGCAGAACCUAGCACCGUGAAGCAGAAGGCUAACGCGGUAGAAGUGGAGAAGAAGUCAGCAGCAGGGGCCUCGGAGCAGCCCGCGGGCCAAGCCGCAGAGCACACGUCUGCAGCGCAGAGCCACGUCCUGGGAUUUGGCAUUGUUCUUGAAUCGCCUUCCUCAGAUCCAGAAGUGCAACUUGCCGAAGGCUUUGACGUGUUUAUGCCUAAAUCUCAGCUGGACUCUAUACUGUCAAACUACACUCGCUCAGGAAGCCUUCUGUUUAGAAAACUGGUGUGUGCAUUUUUUGAUGACAAGACUUUGGCUAAUUCUUUACCCAAUGGGAAGAGGAAAAGAGGACUGAAUGACAACCGGAAAGGACUAGACCAAAAUAUUGUGGGUGCAAUAAAAGUCUUCACAGAAAAGUACUGUACUGCUAACCACGUGGACAAGCUCCCUGGCCCAAGAGACUGGGUACAGAUUCUCCAGGAUCAAAUUAAGCUGGCCAGAAGAAGGUUAAAAAGAGGCUCAGCAGAGAUAGCUGACGGUGAUGAAAGACUGGACAGCAUUUCCCUGCCACCAACAGAGAUGUUUCAGACGAGAAAACUGAGCACAGGGGAUGCUAGAACAGCCUCGUGGAACUGACCAAACUGCCCAGGAAUCUGAGAAUAAGAAGGAACUUGAGAGAUCGUCAAAUCCAAUCCCUUCAUUUUAUCCAGUCCUUUUAUUUUACAGGAAAAAAAGCCUGAGGCCCUGACACAUUAAACGACUUUGCCAAGGUCUCAGCUGGUUGCCAGCCUGGCCAGAGCCCAGGCCCCUGGACUCCCAGCCUUCGCGCUGUUGAGCUUUCUCACACCUAAGCCAAAGCCAGCCUCCCUCUGCAUGUUUCUUAAAGACGCUCGGAGAUGACGUGCUGAUCGCGGUUCCCUGUCUCAGUGUCCCCGUCAUCGCAGUUCCUAGGAGGUUCAUCGUCAGUCUACCCAAAGCCUCUGCAGUUUAAGCUCUUUGACUCAAACCCUGUCUCCGAUUUUGUCCAGAACUGUGGGGUUAUAAUCAGAAACGCGGUAGAACACACCUUCAGGUCUUUUCACUAGACUACUGGUAGAUAUUUAAUAAAAAUUACUACACAGCAUGAUAGUGAAACUGUUUCUCAUUUUAGAAAAGGGAGAAAGAAGUCACACGUUGGUGCUCCAAUUUGGCGGUAACGAAGUGGACUCAUCCUCACGGUCCAGCAUGCCCCUUGGUUGCCCCAGUAAAUCCCCAGGCUGGUUAGCUCUGAACGCAGUGCUCCCACCGGUCCUCCCGUCCCUUGUGCCCUGGCGCGGCUGACUGCACCGGGAGCGUCCAUGCCCUUCCUGCACGUGCAGCCUUGGCUUGGCCUUGAGCCUUCGCACUGCCAGGAGCUGCAGGGGCCGUCAGCAUUCUGGUGCAAACUUCCAUUGUCUUGGUCUGAGCCAGCCACAUCUGUCCCCCGUAAAGGUUUAGCGGUACCCUUAUUACCAGUUGCAGGUCUUUUUUCUUCUUCCAGUUUUGCAUGUGUUGGGGAGAGGCAGGGAAGAGGUAGAAACUGUUAGCUGUUGCUGUGAGUCAGAAGAGGGUUAGAGUCAGUGGUCAGACGAUAUUUGUGCUGACCAGCUGCAUUUAAGCGCCUUUCUGUUCAUCUGCUUUUAACACAGCUGGACUCAGAUUUCAUGGUGGAGAAAUGUAUUUUUUAAAAAUUUAUUCCCUUUGGCCCUGUUGGUUGAGUCAUUUGCACAGCUGCUGGGAGUCAGCCCCUUGUUGGGCUCAGGUGCACGCUUGCCUGCCCUGGCGGAGUGGGAGAGGGAGGAGCCUUUUCUCGCAGGCCUCAGCGCAGAGGUGGAGAGUGAGGCCCGGGAGAAAACUCCAAGGGUGUGGGAACCAUGGGCAGCAAACGAGGAGCCUAGAGGAAGUAGCAUCCAAACAGUGCUCUCUGAGCAUGUAAAGUGGGGAUUCCGGAUUUGAAAGAGUGGGGUGAUGUUCUUUCGGGUUUAGCAAUUUGCGUCACAAACUGGGAUUCUUUUAUGUAUUUUUCUUUUUUAAAAAAUGUAAUGAAGAAACAACCAUUGUUGGGUGUUUUUCCCAGACUUUUCAUUAUAUUUUGUUUAUUGAGGUAAUGGAGAGCCUGUAUGUACAAUUUUGUUUCCUGAACUUUGGGGAUUUCUGUGUAAGAAGCACUUUUCCUUUUAAUUACAAAUCUUUGCACACAUUAUUAGCUGCGUGAUACUCUGUGCUGCAGGUUAAUUAUUUUCUAUUUAGCCCUUUUCUCUCACUGAUUCACACAGGCACACUCAGCAGUGACACACGUUCACGGGCUUUCCUGUGAGGUACGAUCACUAUAUAAUCCUAGUUCCUAAAAUUGCUCAUUUAGUACAAUCUACCCCUUAGCUAAAAACUUGGCAACUUAACUCUGCAAGACCGGCGCUUCCCAGGGAGCCCCCCUUGUGCAGGCACUUCCUCCAGCCUCCUGGGGGCAGCACCAUUCCCCCGGGGAGCCUCCCCUCUCCUUGUCCAUCUCGGUUGUCUGUUGUAGGUCUGGCUUCUCGGCCUUCUGGCUAGGAUCAAGUGUAGUAUCUGUUGCCUGGACUUUCAUUGUAGUGGCCUUUGUCAUUAGCCUGUGUGACUCUCUCCUCGAACUUCUUCAAAGGUCCAGGUGGCAUUCCAGCUUCAAGCAAAGUAUGGGUGUCUGUGACGUUUGCCAGUCCCGUUAGAAUAGCUUCAUAUGCUUUCUCCGUUAUGUGAUAAUCAAGCCUCCAAUUUAGUAUAAGGUUUUUAAAAAUCAUUUUUAAGGUUGCUUCAUGACCCUUUAAAAGUUCAGUAUGUGACCCAGUUAGCUGAUUGUCCAACACAAAGAAGCCGUUCUCUCCCUCUUUCUAUUCCUGUGUAACCUCAAUGUGAAUGCAGAGUUUUGAACCAUAUUUAUUUUAAUGUAAAUUUCUUAGCCGCAUAUAAAGAAGUAUGGCCCUUUCCAGGGUUGAGGGUAUCUGAGAAGGCCACAAUUAAUUAGACCUUCCUCAGUGCAGAAGGAGAAAAAGUUGUUGAAGGAGCCAGGGCAGUUCUGACCUGUUGGACAAAAUCAUUUAUAACGUCAGUGCCCCCAGAGGUAGCCAUCUAACGAAGCAAGCGGUGCAAACGAUGUGAGAAUUUAUAGGAAAGAAAAACCUUUCGCAUAAGUUGCAUUGGCCUGGUGACAGAGGAACUGAUUAAAAGGUGAAAGACUUAACGUAAGUUACCUGCUCCGUAGCUAACAAGACAGCCCGUGUUCCCUGAGCAGUCCGGUUUGACCUGCAUGGUGCCCCGCCACGGUGUGCAUGCCUCGUGCUCCAGCUCCCUGGUGCACUUGCCCCCCACUCUCCUUAACCCGCAGGAGGAAGGCUGGGCUGAUUUCAGACAUAUCUUGCCAUGUGGGUGUUUGUUUUGCAUCAAUAUUUACCUCCAGAUGCCUUUCUUUCUCUCACAACGUAGUGCCACUUUGAAAUAUUGCAUCAUUGCCUCAGUUACUGUAUAAGGUGAGUUGCCCUGAAUGCUUGUUACUUUACCUAAAGGCCAGACAUUGGCGCAGAAGACAUUUGACCAUAGGUCCCCCAAACCCUGGGGCUCAGAACUGCCAUGCGGACAGUGUAACCCCUCUCCCUGGCACGCACUUCUUCAGCCUGUUAGAGCUGGCAGUCCCUGCCAAGGCCCUGCAGGAGGCACCGAGAAGGAAGGGUAAGAGCUGCCCGCAGUCGGGUGACCCUUAAGUGCCCGCUGGGCGUGUGCUGACUCUCCUGCCCAAAGGAGGGGCUCCCAGGCAUAGGUCAGUGACCUACAAAGACCAGCUAAUGACCUGGAGGUGCAUGACAUCCCCAUACCGUGACAGACACCUGGUCUGCCUGUCGCCUGUGGAGUCAGUCUCACCGCCAGACAGUCACAGCACGUGUACAUUUCUUUCAUUUCUUUUUAAAGUUGCAAGGAAGGCUCAGAGAAAUUAUUUCCCUCACACCCUUCGGUUAGCCUCUCCCAUUUCCAGCUGGUAAGUAUCCUUUUCCUGAAACCACUCACCUUUUACCUAGUGGUCUGAUGAACUGCUAUGUGCAAAUCAGGGCUUUUGUUUUUCUGCAGCAUAUGCUCAAAAAUUUGUCUUCUGCCUUCCCAAAUGAAAUGUUCCUCCAGGGAAUAGGGAAGAUUAAUUAGUGACCUUUCACUGUAUUAAGCUAUGAUGAAUAUGUUGCUACCAACAGUAGAAACAUUUACUUACAGCUGCAGGUCUCUUACCUAUGCACCAUGAACCUUCAAAAACACUUCCUUCCGAGACUGGGGGACAGCUCGGAGUUUUCAAUACCUGAGGAGGGGUAGGGGCUGGUCAACUCACAGAUGUGUGCCAUGGAUUCCCAAAUUGGAAACGCGUAUUACAACUGCAACCAUAAAAUCAUAUUUUGUAAAUUCAAAUUACAUUUGUGUUAACGUACUGUGACUACUGUUCAGAAAUCCUUUUUAUAGGCUUUCUUAGCAAAAAUAAAAUUCCAUAUCUACGGAUAGCAUCUCAGUCUUCUGUAUAUAUGCUUUAUUAAUAUGUAAAUAUCUAGAUUUUUAAAAAUUACUAUGUUCUUUAAAAAAGAAUUCAGCGCAAGGUUAGUUGUGAACAUGGUGUAUAAGGUUGUGUGGUGAUAUCAGCUCCCAAGAUGCUCUUUAUGUCCGUUCUGGAAGAACACAAUAAAUUACUUUAAUUGAA